GAAAUUAUGACUGGAUCACAGAAACUUUUGAUAUAAAUUUUUGUGAUUUUCGCAAGAAAAAUUAUGAGGAAAUCUGCGGGUUUGAACUCUACAUGGACCUCUCUCAAUGGGAUUUAUUAGCCAAUGGUCUAGGUUUAAAUGCUGAUGAAAUAAUGUGGUGCCGACAGUAUCAUAAGGCUGGUCCUACUCAAGAAGUAUUUAACCUUCUAGCAAAGAAGAGGAAAUUGGAGGAGUUAACCCUAGGUGAUAUCUUGAGUUUAUUGAGAAAACUUAAACUAACAUCACUUCUCACUCGUGUCAAGUGGCAAGAUUGCAUUGGUCAGUACAGGGCUUCAGCUUCAAAAGGCAGUCAGUCUAGUGGGCACAACAGUAUGUCAAAUGGAAUUGCAUGGUCACAUGGUCCAGACUCAUUCACUUUAAACAUACUCCAAUUGCCGGAAAUUUUGGUAACUUCAGAGAAUGUUUCUGCUAGUGAAAUAAACUCUGUCUGCCAUGAACCUUUGAAGUCUAAAGCAAAGAAGAAAUUUGGGGCAAGAAUAAUUAUGAUUUUUGCCUCUGAUGCCAGGGAAGAGGCUUUAAAGGCAGCACAUCAGCUCAAGACACCACAAGGGAGCCGAAGGGAGAUUGGUGUUAUGAUUUUAACUUCAACACCUUCAAGUGAAGUCAGUAAUGCAUUACUUCAGGAUCCUUGGAAUAGCAUCCACAAAUGGUUUAAGGAGGUUGACUUUGUAGUUCCAGUUCUAUCCAAGCAGUUGUUACGCCAGAUACAGGUUCGAGACUCAGACCCAUCAGCACUUCAAGAGAUGCAGUAUAAUCGAUAUGUGUAUCGUCUUUUACUCGAUGACUAUGUUUCUAAUAUGAGCAAAAACUACAAAUGUCGUGCAUUAUGUUCUCAUGAGGGUAUGUCUGAGGUUCGUAAAAGUGAGGUUGUGAAAGCAAAUGGUCUUUUGGAGAUGAAUUGGGAUUGCUCAUCAGAAAAAGAAGUACAAAUGCUAGCAGAAAUUCUCAUUAGUGGCGCCAAAGAGAGACGAAGACAUCGGAGGGAGAAUGCAUUUCAUUAAGUUGGAAAUACAAAAUAACUGGAGAUUUUCAGUUGAGUAUAGUACCUAUAAAGAGUUUUGAAAUAAGUUCAAGAAUUAUCAUAUUGUCUAAUUCUUUUAUACAAUAAGUAAAAUUCUAUGUAUUACAAGCAGUCCCUGGUUAUUGGCGGGGGUUCUGUUCUGACAGCUAGAUGAUAAGGGAAAAUCACCGAUAACCUGAUUUUGGUACCAAUAACCAGGUAAUGGCACCUCUGUUAGGUAUGUAUCUGCGCCAAUACUCUAUUAUCAGCGCUGAUAACUGGAAAUUGGCGAUUUUUGGUGCUAGUCAAGCCCCAUAAAAAUGGAUUGCCGAUGACUGGGGGCUGCCUGUAUUUCUUAUGGGAGUAGGAUGUUAUUUUUAAAUUUACCGUAAACUUUUGAAAAAGAUAACAAAAUUCUGGAUUACACAUUCUGGAAAAAAUUAGAAUAUGUCUUUUUACUUACCAUCACUAGGUAAUUUUGAAACUACCUAACCUUUCUACUUACCUGUAAUCAGAUACUGUUAAUUUGAAGAAAGCAGUAGAACUUAUAGUACAAUGUAAUGUCAUGUUGGGUGGCCUGUUCCUCCAUGAUCUUGAAAGAUGAGUGCAUUCAAGUCAAAAUCCAUAAGUUUUUGAGGAUAUUCUUCUGUCUGUUUAGCUAGAAAGGAUCCUUUAAUUCAUGGACCUUUGUUUUGAUCACACCACCGUCCCAAAAGUCUGCCUUCAUGUUGUGGCCCCAAUUGCUUUCUUGACUCACAUGAGAGAUACCAUGCUUUUAAAGUACCAUGACAAUGAUACAAGUUUGAUCUGACACCAAAAAAAUAAAGAUAAUUUAUAUGGGAAUGUAGCUUUAUAAACCAAGAGUCUAUUAAAAAUUUAGGAUUUAGAUACUAAUAAGGCUGUCUUAAAAGAGAUCUCAGUAGCCUCAUUCCUAUCUUUGUAAUUGUAACCAAAGUUAGCAGUCCACUUGAGCUCCUUGGAAAAUUAAUUCCUCACAGCUGGAACUGGACAUUAGUGGUUUUCCAGUGACUAUCUAGACAACCUUUAAGACUUAGCUUAGUGGUUAGACAGGUGGAACAGCUUAGUGGUUAGACAGGUGGAACUUCCUACUGCUAAAGACUUGUUACUUUUAAUGCGUGCCUUUCGGGAAGGUUGCAGCUGUAACUAAGACGUGGAAUACUUUGCAUAGUGCUGCUGUUUUCUGAUUUCCAAUAUACUAUUUAAGUAAGAGCAAAUUUAUUCCUGCUCUCUGCUGAUAUCUGCAUUCAUUUUUUGUUUUAUUUUCUAUACCCUCAUAUUCAGUUAUUUGUUACCUUUUCCUAUAAAUUCUCUCUUCACAGGCUGAUUUUUCCUCAGAGCUUUCUUGGGUUAAUAGUUAGUUCCGAUACAGAAUACAAACCUUCGGUCCCUUACAAUAGGAAGGUACUUAUCGGCAGCUGAACCGGUCGUAAACUUUCGAAUAAGGGGUUCGGUAGUUAACUACUUGUCCGGCAGUUAGCGGUACGCUCGACUGCGAGGCGAGAAGUCACUUUGCUUUCGGCCGCGCUCGUGGAUGGACGUGCUUCUCUUCGUCUCUCUGCCCGUUUCUGUUGUAUGCUUGGUUUACUUCACUGUGUGAAGACUUUUUCGCUUUUUCUUUUGCUUGUAUGUGUUUGCAAGUACAAAACUAAGUGCGUGUGUUUUUGUUUUUCAUUUAUUAUGGAAAUUAUGCAACAAGAGCCGGACAAACCCCCUCACCCCCCAUCAACUGUAGACUAUGCCCAGGUAUUGGGGGUCGUAUGUGUGGGGCUUUCCGCUCUUCUGUGGAGGUUGAUCCUCAUGAUUUUUGUGCUUGGUGUAGAGGGCGUGAAUGCUCUCGCACUGUGACUUGUGACACUUGUAUUUUUUGGUCGGAGGCGCAGUGGGAGCACUACGGGGGGAGGAAGAAGCCGCGGAAGCCGGCUAAGGAGUCGUCGGAGGACUCCCCGGCUAUGCCCUUGGUUACCGAUAUGUCUUCCUCCCUCCGGCUCAGCUCCCUCGUAUGGCUCCUUCCCCUUCGGGGGAGGUUUCUCUAUCCCUAUCCUCCCUCGAUCAGUCGAGCGUAGAGGAGGGGGCGAGAUACCCCGACAUCCAGUUGUACUCAGAGUCCUCCGUUCGCUCGGGCUGGGAAUUAUCCCCCCCAGGCGAGGGGGGGACCCCCCCCCCACUAAUCUACCCGACUUUUCCUCCCUCAGACUUGCUGACCACGGAAGACGAUCUCGGUAGGGCCUGGUACUUGCUGGGGCUGCAAGGGACACUGACGGUCCAGGGGCUGCUUAGUCAUCUGGCGAGAGGGGCCACGCAGGUUACGCACGGGCCUACCACCACGACGGUGUCCACGCCGGGCUAUGCUGCUCCGCCUCACCUGGUUUAUACGCAGCACGUAGCCACAGUGUCCCCGACAGCCGCUGUACAGGCUCCGCUGCCGGAGGUUUCCUUGCCCGUUGCUAUGCCGCCUCCUGGUUUUCCCGCUACUGCCGCAGCCCCGGACUUCCAGUGUCCCAAGAGCUCGCCACUAGACCUACCUCCUGUGCAGAGGAUGCUGCCGGUUCCUGCCCCGCCUCCUGUUCCUGAUUUCGUUGCCGCUCCAGCCUUGGUACCAGUUCCUGCCGCUGUCGUUCCUGCCUGUGGUGUUGCUGCUCCCACCCCAGGUCCUUCCGGACAGGUGCAGUUGGGCCCUGUUGCUUUGGCAACUGCCCUGGCUCCGUCCUGGAUGGAAGACCUGAUGGUGGUGCUGAGGAAGCUGACGUAGAGGAAGAGGAGGAAGGUGUCGUCUUCGUCGCCUGCCGCCACUUCCCCUUCAACUUCUAAGGCUACCAAGCCGAAGAAGAAGAAGGCUGCCUCCUCCCCCCCUAAGAAGUCUCGUGCCGUCGGUCCUCCUGUUCCUUCGGGAACGGGGCCCGUCUCUCCUUCUGCAAGGAAGAAGAAGACGGGGACCGAAGGAGUGUCGGCUAGCACCAGCACCUCCUCACCUGGUGCCAGAGGUACCGUCUCGGCCUCUCGUUCGCGAGAGUUACCGAGGUGACCAGACAGCCAAGACCCAGGCAUCCGAGUUCUCUCGGCGCCAGGAUCCAGGCACGGGAUGGAAGACUGGAGGGAGUCGCUCGGGCGACUCUCACCAGACCAGCGAUUGCUCUUACGGCGAUACGCUGGUACACAGAGUUGACGCGACGGUCCCAGACCGCUUGCGGGCUGAGGCGAGGAAGCGGUCCCAUCGGUCGCCUGAACCAGCCGACGCACCGUGAGGAUAGGCCUCGCUCCCACCGCGACAGUGAACUCUGCAGGUCCCCUGACCGCUGCUCCUUCCAGGACCGGGUGGAGAGGGGGACCAGCAGCAGCUCUUCUGACGCUCGGGACCGUCGCCGCUGUUCUCGGUUCAGCCGCUCUCCCCGGGAGAGCCGCUCGACCAGGCCUGCAGACUGAUCGCCACCGUGGGUUGGCGAUCGCCUGCACACCGGCUCUGCCAGUGGGCGCGGGGCGAGUGUCAGGUCUGCCUCUCCAGUCCCUUCAACUUCCUCGGGCUUUACCUGGAAGAGCAAGGUGAUCAGGAGCAAUCACGAGGGGCGCGCCCCUCACGAUCCCGCCACGACGCCCUACGAACCUGGCACGGUCCUUGGACCAACCAGAUUGUACGUGCAAGUGGUAGGAGGAGACCAGGAGGGGUCUGUCGUGGUUCCUCCUGUGGAAGAAGGAGGUUCCCGGGAGGCAAUCUCGUUGGAAGGGCUUGACGGUCUGUCUUCACAGGAUGCAGUCACUCCCAAGAUCCAGAGGUCAUUCGCGGAGGUAAUUGUGCUGAUCCGUCAGCACAACGAACUCAGAGAAGGAUCGCUGUUCCCACCUACCGAACCCACGUUGGGCUUGGAGGAACCCAGGACGGCAGUGGGUCUGCCGCGAUCAGCUUUGGCUGACACACUCUUCUCCGGACAGGAGGGUUCGCUUCGGUCCGGUAGGUCUGCUAAGCUCCUUCCUCCACCUCUACCACGACAGAGGGGCGAGGACCCUCUGUCGCCCAAACAGGUUAACCCAGAGCUAGCCAGGCUAACUCCGGGCGCGUCUCUGCCGCAGCUCCUGUCGGAGAACCUCUGGUUCUCGCAGCAGGGAGGCACUUGCCUUGGAGUCUACUGCAAUGGCAGCCUUCCAAGCAGUCUCAUGGCUCGACCUGUGGUCCCUCAGUGUCGAAAACCGCAGCCUCUUUAGGGAACAUCACUCCUGAAGGGGACCCGGCUUUCGUGAGACUGUGCCAGUCUGGGGGUAGGGCUAUCGCCUACCUGACCCACCAGAUGGCCAACCUGUGGGCCAACCUGGUUCUCCAGCGUAGAGAUGCUGUUCUCACCCGAGUGACCAGGGCGGCCGGGCGUCAGGCGGCUCUGGGUCUUCGCAACGGACCAGUGCGUAGUUCCUCCUCUUGCGGAGUUCCUCCUCUUCUCUUCCCAGGAGAGAUGGUGGACGCUGCGGUGGAAAGACGGCGCACUGACGACAGUGACCAUUUAGUAUGCCAGGCAGUCUUGAAGGCGUCUGGGCAGCCUUGAGUUACUGCGGCCAAGCCCAAGAGUUUGGUUAGCGCUUCCUCUGCAGGCAAGACGAUCGCAUUGUCGAAGCCCAAAGGAAAGACUCUGCCUUCAACUUCUUCAAGGAGCGACCGUUACCAGCCUUCCUUCUCACAAGGAGGAGCAGGGAAGAAGAAGUCGAAGAUAGGUGGGAAACGCUAGGGACGGCGUUCCCCCUCACCUGCUGCCGAAAGUGGAGGGGUGCCUGGCGAGCCAUUGGGCAACAUAGCAGCGCUACGGUGCGGACACCUGGGAUGUAACCAAGGACAUGAUGCUUCGGCAGGAAGUAGAAGCCAUGCUGAGCAAACGAGCUGUGGAGAUCGUUCAGGAUCAGUUGCCAGGCUUCUACAGCUGCCUCUUCCUGGUGGAGAAGUCUUCGGGGCGGCUGGUGCUCGGCGAUAGAUCUCUCUCCCUUGAACAGAUUCGUUCGCCAGGCUCAGUUCACAAUGGAAACAGCACGUUCGGUGCUCGAUUCCAUCAGGGAGAAUGACUUCAUGCUUUCUGUGGAUUUGAAGGAUGCGUAUUUCCAGAUACCAGUCCAUCAAUCCUCCAGGAAGUACCUCUGCUUCAUCCUCGAUGGGGUGUACUGGUUCAGGGUACUUUGUUUCGGUCUCUCAACUGCCCCACAGGUGUUCACGUGAGUGUUCACACUGGUGUUGGCUUGGGCCCACUCGUCCGGGAUACGUCUCUUGAGGUAUCUCGACGAUUGGUUAGUCCUGGCGAGCUCCCGCUCGCAGUUGCUGCAGGACAGAGAUCAACUCCUCGAAUUCUGCCGCGAUCUGGGAAUUGUUGUGAAUUACGAGAAGUCAGAGCUUGAACCCAAGCAGAGGAUGAAGUACCUGGGCAUGCUGAUCGACACGGCAGCAGGGCGAGUCUUCCCCACAGAUUCGCGGAUCAGCAGGUUCAGGGAGGCAGUAAGACAGUUCCUGUCUCGACAGGAGCAACCGGCUCAGCAGUGGCAAGUCGUGAUCGGCCACCUGUCGUUUCUCGAGAAGCUAGUCCCUCACGGGCGUCUUCACCUGCGGUCUCUUCAGUGGAGACUAAAGGAGUGUUGGUCACAGGCAAGGGAUCCUCCCUUUUUCCCUGUGUCCCUCAUGGAGGAGGUGAGGCAGGACCUAGCCUGGUAGCUGGAUGACAGGAAUCUCGUAAGAGGAGUGCCUAUUCGCACUCCCCCCCCCAGAGAUGCUUCUCUUCUCGGACGCAUCGACCGAGGGAUGGGGCGCACACCUGGAGGAGUUGCUGACUGCAGGUGUGUGGGACCAUCGCAACAAGCACCUUCACAUCAACGUCCUGGAGCUCAAGGCAGCGUUCCUCAGUCUCCAAGAGUUCUGGGACCGUCUGGUGGGACACUCGGUGGUGUUGAUGUGCGACAACACCACAGUAGUGGCAUACGUCAACAAGCAGGGGGGCCUAGUGUCCCUCCCGUUGCACCAGUUGAUGCUGCAGGUGCACGAGUGGGCCGCGGCACACUCAACAUAGUUGUCGGCUCGCUACAUUCCAGGCAAGAGGAAUGUGGUAGCCGACAAGCUCAGUUGUCGUGAUCAGACGAUAGGAGCCGAGUGGUCCCUUUAUCUAGACGUGGCAGAAAGGCUCUUCAACCUGUGGGGGCGCCCUGUCGUGGAUCUGUUCGUCACCCGGCACAACCGAAAACUCCAGGUUUUCUACUCAAUUGCGCCGGACCCAUGGGCAGCCGCAGAGGACGCUCUUCAGCAUCCGUGGGACAACCUCUUCGUCUACCCCUUUCCCCUGUUCUGUCUGAUUCGCAAAGUGAUCAGCAGGGCGCUGAUCGCUGCGAACCUUCCGAUGAUCCUAGUGGCGCCCAAACGACCUCAAGCCGUUUGGUAUCCAGACCUGCUGGCUCUGCUUGCCGGAGCGCUGAGAGAGAUUCCCCCUUGGCACAGCCUUCUGUGCCAGCCACACGUAGAACGGUACCACUGAUCCGUUGAGUCCCUGUGUCUUCACAGUUGGCUUCUAUCCACCAUCUCUUGCGAGCAAGAGGCUUUUCUCGCAGCGCAGCGACAGAGUUGGCCAGAUACCUCAGACAGUCUUCUGCGGCUGUCUACCAGGGGAAGUGGUCCGUCUUCUGUGGUUGGUGUCGUGGACGGGGUCUCUCUCCUCUCAGAGCCUCUCUUCAGCAGGUAGCGGAUUUCCUCUUCUUCCUUUGCCGAGAGAAGCUCCUCUCCGUCUCCGCAGUUAAGGGCUACAGAGCCGCCCUGGCCUUAGUCCUUAAACUGAGAGGUUUGGAUAUCUCCUCUUCUUUCGAGAUCUCCCUCCUGAGGAAAAGCUUCGAGAGAUCUUGCCCACCCAGGGAAACUCAGGCCCCCGGAUGGGAUGUGACUCUCGUCCUUAGGAGUUUGACUCGCAGACCCUUCGAGUCACUCCGAGAGUCGUCAGACAGGGAUCUGACCCUUAAGAAGACCCUCUUCUUGCUGGCCCUGGCAUCGGCGAAGAGAGUAUCCGAACUUCAUGGUCUAUCCUUCAACAUUAAGCAUUCCAGGGGAUGGGGAUCCGUGACGCACGAUUUCGUCCCGAACUUCGUAGCGAAGACUCAGAAUCCUUCGGUCGCUGACGACUGGUUCGAGUCCUUCAUGAUCCCCUUUCUGAAGGAUUUCACCGAUAAUGAUGCGGAUGAGAUGCUGCUUUGUCCUGUGAGGGCGCUACGGUGCUAUCUGAAGAAAACUCGACACCUCAGGCCUGAGUGUCGACGCCUCUUCGUUAGCACUGGGGUUACAAAGAAAGAAGUUUCCAAGAAUACUCUUUCUUUCUGGCUGCGUGAGGUGAUCAGGAGGGCGUACGAGACAGCUGGCAGUGACGACACCCGUACCCUUCAUCCGAGAGCCCACGAAGUCAGAGGUAUUGGUCCAACCCUUGCAUUCCGCAAGAACUUCUCCCUGGCGCAGGUUUCUGAAGGCAGGGGUUUGGGCCAACCAAUCCACCUUCAUUUAUUUCUACCUUCGGGAUAUCACCCACAGGUCCUUGGACACCUUUUCCUUGGGACCCGUGGUGGCUGCUCAACACGUUGUGUAGUCUACCCAGCACCUGAGCUGACAGAACAGCAUCGCAUCCUUGUGUGACUGUAUGUAUGGACGAGUGAAAGAGAGUGUGACUGGCCUCUCUUCCUCCUUCAUUCUUCCCUCUACCUGUGGGCAGAGGGCCACGGUCGUCACUACGCUGAACAGGAGGCCGAUGCAGGUAAGCUACACAACCGAGCCCCAUUCUAUCCCUUUCAGUAGGGAUAGAAGUGUUUAUCCACCACUCCCCAACAAGGAGGGGAGUGGAAGCCAACAAGAGACAAACCCAUAACUUUACUUUGGCUCUUGAAGUAGGAAAUAGUUCUUGAUUUUGCUAAUUAUAAGAGGUACGCUUGCCUUCCUCUUAUAAUUUGGUCCAGAAGUCUGACCUCUGAUCCUGCGGUGCACACCCUGAUCAGCUAGGCAGAGGCUAGGAUCCCUCCCUCUGGUCUUACGACUAGGGAGGGAAUCCAAGGUAGGAUGAACACCAGUCUGUUCAUAAGACUCAGAUUCCACCCACCAAUAAGUGAGUCUUCCUAUUGUAAAGGACUGAAGGUUUGUAUUCCGUAUCGGAACAAAUAACAAUUUGUCGAACAUUGUAUUUUUCCUAACUAUACAAACUUGAGGUCCUUUACAUAUAGUCCCACCUCAUGCCACCCCUCACUCUGCAUUUCCUGGGCCUCAAGCAAAGUGACUUCUCGCCUCGCAGGCGAGUGUACCGCUAACUGCCGGACAAGUAGUUAACUACCAAACCCCUUGUUCGAAAGCUUACGACCAGUUCAGCUGCCGCUAAGUACUACCUUCCUGUUGUAAAGGACCUCAGGUUUAUAUAGUUAGGAAAAAUACAAUUUUCAACAAAUUGUUAUAUUCUGUUGACUUAGUCCAUAAGGGUUCUCAGCUGAAGAUUUAAUUUAAGAAAGAAAGAUGAAGGCAGUACAACUAGCGCUGUAGGCAUUAGGAAGAUAACUUUUUACCAAAUUGCCAGGUGUGACAGGGCAAUUCCACAGUGGUGACCUAACUCAGGAAUGAAUAUAGUGUCAGAGUCUCAUGUAAAGUACUAAUCACUGUCAGAUGUUCUGUUGUAGGUAGAGUUCAUGAUACUACUAUCAUCCUCAGAUACAUCCCAAAGAGUUUUUAAAAUUAAUUUCUUCCAAAAAUAUAUACAAUAUGGUAUUGUACAGUAAAGCCAAACAAGGUAGUAGUUGGAUGCUUUUGUUCUAACUACUUAGGCUCACAAGAUUUGUGUUUUGACAGCUAUAAAACUCCUUCAUUGGAUGUAGUACAGCAGUGUACCUCAUACAGUAAUGUAGUGCUAUAUAAAUGUUUUUCACUCUGUGUAAGAGCAUGUCUAUAUGCACACAAGUUAAUAAAAACUCGUACAGGAUAGAGGGGCUACAGUAAGUGUGCAGAUUUGUUUAAUGCAAUACAUAUAUGCAUGCAUAUGCUCAUUGAAAAAUUUGUGUAAACUUCAUUACUAUAUUAUGAGUAAUAUUGUAGUACCUGAUAUCAUGUCAAUAAAAGUACAGUAGCUCACUAAUAGGGUGCAGUAUAGUAUUGUACUUUACUUCUAGACGUAUUGGUGCUAAAUAGACAUCUUGAUUUGAGGGUUUUUGCCUCCAGAUCAAGCAUGAAACUGUUUUUUUACUAAUUUAGAUAGCUUUCUACUCUAAAAAUUAUGCUAAAGCUAUUAUUGUCCUGCAGUUUAUAUUAAUAAUAAGGGUAUUAUCUUUACAGGUACUGUUUGUUUAUAUAAAUAAAACCUUUUAUAGUUUCAUUUGGCAACCAAAGACACUAAUGAUGUCAGUAAAAUGCAAUCAGCUGAUUAUAUUAAGAAUGUAAAGAGCACCAGAAUGCAAAUGGCAUAUGAUUGCUUUGUUCAUAUUUUGUAAUGCUAUAAUACAUGUAAUAUGAUACAGUAAAACAACAGUGUUAUUAAAAUUAUCAUUAUUCUCA